CUCCAAAAAAAAAAAAAAAAAAAUUUUUUGGAUUCAAUUCUUCUCGGAAUUUUUUUUGUUUCAUUUCGACGCCAAUUUGGUUUGAUCUGUCCAUCACAAUGAAUUCGCAACGAAAUAAAGUUUUCGAUGAAUUAAAAAGUAAACAUUUAAAACAAACGAUUGGUGUCUCGAGCAAUGCAUUACCAACCACUUCAUCAUCACAAUCAUCAUCAUCAUCAUCAUCGCCAUCACCAUUCAUUUUAUCUAGUGGUCCAGUAACUGGAUCCAGUAUUCCGGUACCAAUUCUUCCAAAUCAAAUUACACCACCAUCAAUUGGUGGUCCAGCUUUUUCCACACUCGAAGCAAUGACACCAUCACAGAAAGCUGUUACACAAGCACAUCAAACAUCAUUCGGAUUCUACAUUCCUCAGGAUUCUACUUAUAAUCCAAUUUUACCCGUUUUACCACGCUAUAAUUAAAUUAAUUCAAUUUGAAUCAUCCAAUUUUUCGAGAAAUAAAUUUUCAUUAUUAUUCAACAAUAGA